GGCACACGUGGGCUCCUGAGACCAGCUGUUCGCAUCCUGCUGGUGCACAGAUGCAGGUGUUCAAACACAGCCAAGAGCACCUUUAGCACAGCAAUGUGCCGGGUAUGGGGUAUACAGCUGUGACCCCAGCACUCUGGCAGACUGAGGCAGGAGGCUCCCAAGCUUGAGACUAGAAUGACUUAGUGGGAACCUAUCUAAAAUAAAUACACGGGCUGGCGCACUCUGGGUCUCGUCCCCAGGGCUACCAAAGAGAAGGUCACAUGUAGUGAGCGGUGGCCUGCUCCUAUCCUUCCAGAUUCCAACAGCGCCCAUUGGUUGGUACUGCUCUUGCUGUUGGCUGUUAAACUAGGGGAAGGUUCAAAUUGACACAUCACAGAUCAGCACAGUUACCUUUGGUUUCUUUAGACGUUUUGCAUGUAACUGUAGAUCCAUGCGUUGCCCUGAGUACCUCAGGGUGAAUGAUUCGACACACAUUGUGGUUAGGUCCCUAUAUGGAAUAUUAUUUAGCCACAAAAAGGAGUGGGGUGCGCUCUAAGAGGGUAAAGGUUUUAUUUAACCUUGGAACUGGGUCUCUCUAUGCCAUGCAGGCUGGCCUUGACCUCACUAUGUAACCCAGGCUGACUUCAAACUCCUGGUGAUCCUCCUGCCUCAGCCUUCCGAGUGCCGUGCUCAUAGUUACGAGCCACUUACAUGCAUGCACCCGGCAUAAGUGUUCAUUCCUUUUACCUUCUCAUUUCACAGAGAACCCAGGGCCUGGUGCCUGCCCGGCUAACACCCCGAGCAGCCCCUCAGCCUCGGGGUAGAUCUGCCUCCCCGAAGCUGGGUACAGACAGGGUCUUUGUGAUGUUCUUGCAACCCUUGUGUAAUGGCUGGGACAGGCCUGCGGUGGGCCUUGGUGCCCCUGCCUGCUCUGGGGUGCUCCACCCUGUUCUUGUGACUGUGCUGCCAGCCAGUGGUGAGCCUGCGCAGCCUGGUAGGUGUGGUCGUGGCACUCUCGGUCUGGGUGCCCUGUCCACGGCUGCUUUUCCCCAGUGGAAAUUCCGCAGCUUAGUAUUUUCCUGAUUUCCAUUUAGCAUCUUGGUCCGUUCCAACGACUGCCUUUGUGGUGUGUGGCCAGCCGUGUGUCACCUGCGGUGGACAGCUGCCACGGGGCCACCUGCUGCGAAGCCGCUGCUGCCUUGGGGAGAGUCAGUCAGCGGAUGUUGGCCCAGCCUGCAGGGUUCCCUGGGUUCUGCCCCACCCUGACUCCUGUUUGAUUCUUUUCUUUUUUUUUUUUUCUUUUUGAACCAGUGAUCGAACUUAUGACCUGGUCAGGUAGGCACUUGUGCUGCUGCGCUAAGCCCCAGCCCACUGUUUAAUUCUCUUUCUGGUUGUCUUAGCCAUUGACGCUUUGCCUUUUCACAUAACUUGUUUCUCAUUGCUUCUCAGGCAGGAGCAUGAGUCGUGGAUUUUGUGAGCUGUGGAUAUUGUGGUUCCAUUGCACCCAGUCUCCUGCAGUACAGCCCACAGUCCUGUGCAGCUGGAUGCCCUGGCCUGCACUGGCUAGCCCCUCUGUUCGUUUGCACUCCUGGGAUGGGGCUGGGAUGAAGCCUGCCUUCUUUUUUUAAAAUUUGAUUUGUUCUCUUUUCGGUUUUUAUUUUUGCUGCCUUCCUGUGGGCCACUUGAAUUUUUGAAAAUUUCCUUUUGAUUUACGGGUGUUUUUUUCCUUUUGGAAACAGCAUACCAUGCAGUGUGCCCCUAGGGUCGUAAUUCACGCGCUGUACAGCUCGGGGGUGUUAGCAUAUUCGGUGCUGCUCAGCUGUCACCACGAUCAAUUUGAAAACAUUCCUAUCACUCCACAGAAAAUUCCAUCUAGCAGCAGCCACCCUUCCCUCUGCUCCUCUGAACCCCACUUCUGGUUCUGGGGGGCCAGCGAUCUUCUGUAUGUCUGUAAAUCACCUGUCCUGGGCAGCCCAAGUUCCAGCUUCACGUUUCAACCAGUGCUGUGUCCUUAUCUGCCCGCUUGACCCGGACCUCUCCCUGCCUCCCACCGUCCUAUGUCCGGGCUGGAACUGGGGCCUGGUACGUGUGAGGCGUGUACUCUACUGCUCAGCUGCACCCUCAGCCACUUAUUUUGGUGCCAGCUGCAGUUUUCCUGGUGCCCAAGGAUAGUAUUUUUUCAUGUGCACAUUGGGCAUUUGAAUUACAUGUUUGGAGGAAUGUCUCUCUAGAUGGUUUGCUCAGUUUUAAACUGGACUGCUUAUAUUUUUAUUGUUUAGCUGCUAGAUUUUUUUUUAGUUGUUUUUAUUGUUUUGAGACAGGGUCUCACUAUGCAGUUCAGGCUGGCCUUGAGCUUACAUUGUAGCCCAGCUGGUCUCUAACUCGAAAUGGUCCUCCUGCCUCAGCCUCCUGAGUGCUGGGAUUAUAGCUAAUGAUGCUCUUUUUUUCUUGUGCUUUUGGGUUUUGGUAUCUAAGGACCCAUUGCUUAGCUCUGGCAUAGAGGUUUAUCUUGUGUUUUCCUGUAACAGUUUGAUAAUUUCAUUCCCACCAGGCAGACUGUGUGGUGGGGCUAUUGUGUGCUGUGUGGGUGCCCAUGUGGCCCAGUGGGCAUCAGGAGAGGACAAUGCUUGCCUCCUGCGAUGGCCCAGGUGUCUUGUGCUUCAGCUGACUGUGGACAGAGUUUAUUUAAGACUCCUCACUGCAGCCCAUUGAUCCGGGUCUUUGCGUCUGGACUCCACUGUCCUGGCAGCAAUAGUAAUUUUGCAAUCAGGAGCCCCGGAUGUUCCAGCUUUGCUCUCUCUGGGGUUGGCGGAGCCAUCCUAGAGCCCAGUGUCUCUGCCUGCCUGAGGGUGGGCAUGAGUGUCCCUUUCUGUGAGAAGCCAGCUGGGGUUGUGGUGGCCCCGCCCCAAGUCUGUUGUCCAUGUGAGGAGUGUUUAGGGCGCUCCUGCCCCUGAAUGCCAUGUGCCUUUGGUUUCCCUCUCUCUGCUGAGACAGAGUGCUGAGACGGAGUGCCGGUGGCACCCGCCCAUUCCAGGAAGGGUUUCAGUCAUCCGGCUUCAGGGUGGGCAGCAUGGCAGCAGGGGCAGUUCUUGGGGUGGACAGCUUCCCUGCACCUUCACGCUCCUCAGGCUCCAGUCUUUGGGUGGUGCCUCCCACUGCUCGCCCAGGCCUAGCUGGGAUACAGUGAGAGAAUCCAGUCACUACCCCCGCUUCCGGGUCACAGCUGCAGAUCCUGCCACCCCGAGAUCCCCAGGUACAGGCGUAUAAGCUUUGGGGAGGAUAGGUGGGGGGACCCCAGGGUGGAGACAGCCCUGACGCCACUGUGCACUUCUAUCUGUUUGGAUCUUUCAUUUAAUCUCACAAAAGCCUGAGGUUUCCUAGGUUUAGAUUUCAGGUGGCUGCUGUGCUGCGUUUGACCCCAGGGCUGGGUGCUUUUUGGGCGGAGAUCGGGAAUCUUGGUUUGGCUCUGUCCCGCCCUGGUUGGUCCCACAUGGCUUCUGCGUGUCGUCUUGAGUCCUGGGGUUGGUGGUUUCCACCAUCUAUCUCUUGUGGGCUCCUUGGCGCUGUCUCUGUGUAGGGCUGGCUUGACUCGCAGACCCUGUUUCCUUCUUGCUGUCUGCUUCUUCUUCCUGCCCUUGACCGAUGCCCUCCGGCCCCUCCAGCCAGUGUGGGACAGAACCAUGAUGGGGUGGAGGACAGGGGCUCCUCAUAUCAUUGGAGUGACUGUGCUUUCCAGGAGGGGAGAGGCCGAGCCCAGAGCACUUUUCUUGGCCCAAGUGCUUUGUCCUGUUUGGAGAAGGACCACUGUGCUGCUCGGGCUGGCCUCGAAUUCUGGGCUCACCCAAGGACCCUCCUGCCUUAGCUUUCCGUGUAACUGUGAGGAGGGUAGAACAUGGGCCUGGCUCACUUUGUGAUGAGCUGCUCAGAGCUAGACUGUGUUUCCAGAGCGCAGGGAUGAGUGUUAAUGCAUAUGAACGCUGCUGGAGCCGGUGGUUACCACCUGCCCUAACGCCAGCCGUUUGAGCAGAAGUCUGGUGUGUCUUUGUUCUGGGAAUUUCAGAGUCAGUCUAAAAGCCUUGUCUUAUCUGUCAUCCAGCCAGCAGCCCAUUAAGGGGUUUUGAGGUCUAAGUGAGCAAAAACCCCUCUGUGGGGAGGAGCCCACCUUCGGGGGCGGGAGACCCAGUGCAGGUGGGAGGGGAAUGGGGGUUCUCUAGCCCCAUCAGUGCAGGAGUGGGUGGCCCCUGUGGUCAGGACUGGGUCUCCCCACAUCGCCCUCAAGGUUUGCACAAGCCUGGCCACCGUAUAGGCACAGUUGUUAGCUCACAGGGGCCUGGCAGCCACUCACUCCAGCCUGAAUGGAAGAGGGGAGAGGGACACAGCCCAGACCUUGAGCACGCCAGGUGUGGAGAGACAGACGGCCUUGGCCUCUGCACAGAGGCUAGGGCGGGGACAACAGAGACACAGAAGGCCAGUGACAGCCAAAGUCUACUGAUGACUGUGACCAGCAAGGAGCUGGGGUUCAGCCAGCUGCACCCCUGUGGGUGUCCUGUCCGAGUGGACUGUUUAGAAAGUUAACAGGAGCCCUGAGCAUGGGGUGCCCAGGCGUAGUCCCAGCACUUCGGGAGUCUGAGGCAGGAGGAUCCCUUGUACUCAGGAGUUCCAGAACCGUCUGGCAGCAUAUGGAGACUGCAUCUGGUGGGGGAAGAAGGGAAGAUGCCUUGGGUGCAGCUUAGUGGUGUACUGUUUGGGGUGCAUGAGGCCCGCACUGCAGACAGAAGGGUGACCUGAGCAUGUGUACCCAACUUGGAGUGACAGGAUGGGCACCAGCAGCUGUGCCCAGUGUGGGGGUAGAGGCAGGACACAGCGGAUUUUCCCCAAGAGUGAGGCUGGGUGAGGGUCUGGUGGCCAGCAUGUCCCCUCAGGAUGAUCUUCCCCAUGAAGGACAUCUCCGUGUUUCGUUGGACAAAGGUGGAGGUGCCUGUGAUGGGUUGAGAGAACCUGGGUAAACGGCCAGCUGAGGGCUGCCUGGGAGCUGAGUGCCUUUCCACUGAUCCGUGUACCCCAUCUUGUCCUGCCUGCCCGUCCCGAGCCAGCGGGCCUCUCUGUUCUGUCCCUGCUGUGUCAGGCCUGGGUCAGGUACACUGGUGCCACCUGGGAUGUGCCUGAGCCUAGGGUACAGUUCCCUGUCCGUCACCCCAGCCAGUCCUCCUCCCUCCCUCCUCCCAGGAGGUGGCUUAGGACCUCCUGUGGCCCUGGUUGAGAGCAGGCUGGCCUGGAGGUGCCCUGCUGGGCCUUGGUCCCUGGCACAGAGGUGGCUGGCCGGGUCCUGUUUUGUUCCUUGUCUCGGCUCUGUCCUGGGCUGGGGACCCUUGUCCUCACACUAUGAUGUGGGCCAGGGUCAUAUGCAGCCUGAGGGACCAGCGUCAAGGCUGGCUGGCUGUGGGGUGUCCAGAGCGCAGAGGAGGGUGCAGGCUGAGGGGCUGCCAGGGACCCACAGGGGUCUGGUGGCACGGGGCUUGGUAGGACAGGCAGGACUGCUGGGCUCUGAGGGCCUCCAGGACACAGUGCCCACCUAGCAUGCCCUCUACACCUUCUGCCUGAGAAUGACCUCUUGUCUGUCUGUCUUUCUGCCCUCCCUUGCACUAUGGAGCCCUGGCAAGGUGUCUGGUGACAGGACAGACACUCCCUCUGCUCUCUUGUUUUGGGCCACUCGUUUUGUCCGUUGUAGUAUUAAGUUUUAAGCACAAAGCCCUUGUACCUAGUGGCUGUAGCCCCAGCCCUGUGUUUAUUUUUUAUUUGAGACAAAGUCUCGCCAAAUCACUAAGUUACUAGGACUGGGCUUGAGUUUGUGAUCUUCCUGCCUCAGCCUCCCAGAGUCCUGGGAUUACCAGCAUGUGCCCCCACAGCCAGCUUUGGGUCUGAUUCUUGGGGAUCCCACACAAGGCCUCCUGGUGUCAGCACCCAAUACCCACUGGCACUCUGGUUUGUGUGGGGUGCAGGGGUGGUAGCUGCCUCCUGGAUGUGAGACCCAUGGGUGGCUAGGAGGGCCUGGGCCAGCCCUGCCUGAGCCAAUGGGGCUGUGGCCGUCCUUCCUGGGCUGGGACUUGCCCCAGUGUAGCCUUGGCCAGGGCCUGAGCUGCAGGUCAGCCCUGCUUUCAGAGAGAGCUGUUGGGCCCUGCUGAGUGCCCUUGGAAUCACCAGGCCGGGCAGGUUGUAAAAGUGGACGCCACACUGAUGGUCGUUAUUUCUCGUGCUCCUGAUUACCUUGGACACUCCUGUGGGUUCAGAGCCAUGCACAACCCCGGACACCCGCUGUGAUCCCAGCUUCCCUCGCACCGGAUUCCUGGGUGUCGUGAGAGCCCGGGAGGCUGGGCUGUGGCUGAGCUGCCCAUGCUGGAGCCCCAGAAUGAUUAUGUGCAGCAUUUAUUUGGCCCCAGCAUUCUGCUACAUUAUCCAUAUUUCCUUUAAUUUGUGGGAUUUCUAGUAAAUGGGUUUAAAAAUAGUUCUGGGCGUGUUGCCAGGGCAGAUGCGGGCAGCAGGAGUCUCCCCACCUUCCUCCCUGUCGGCAAGUGGGCAGCCCCUGGGUCACCAGGGCCAGCGCCUCUGACAGGGCCUCAAGAGCCUACCCAUGGCCUAAGAAGGGCAGAUGCUGCACCUCCCUGGCCGGGAAGUGAGGCUGGGUCUUGGCCGUGCCAGGAUUGGACCUGGGAUGCUUGCUGAGUGCCCAGGAAAGCAGGCACGGGGUUGGGUGCAAUUUGUGAGGGGACUCCCCUGGGAACUCAGGACCGGGCUAUGUCUGAGGCUGCCCCUGUCACAUGUCUCCUGGUCAUAUGAUGUGAGGUCUGGAGGGCAGCCUGGGGGUCACUGCAGCCCCUUGGAACAGCCAUGUGUCUCUGCCCCUUCUGGGGUGGCCCAGGGUGUCCUCGAUUCCUGCUCCACCUGGGCCUGGCUCUGGAGUGAGCUCUGCGCCAGAGCUGCCCUUACCUGGCCCUGGCAUGGGGCUCUCUGGGUGUUAGCUGGACUGGGGGUCCCUGGAGCCCCAGCAGGGCACCUCCCACCCUGCAGUGUGUUUUGUGCCAUCCAGGGCCUUGUAUCAUGUGCUACUGUGCAGACCCCAGGUUGGGCUGUGCUGUCUGACCUCUUCCCCUUCUUGUUCCUUCCGUCCUGUGGUCCCCACAGCCAGAGCUGACUCAGGUAUCCAGUGCUAUCCAUGGCCUGUGCUGUGGGGUAGGGGUUGGGGAAUUGAGUCUCGCAGUUUGUGGUCAAGUCCUGGCACUCGAGCAGCCUGGAUCUGAAAAUUGAGGUGCAAGGACCUGGGCCUGAUUGCCACUGCCCACAGGUCCCUGUUGUUUCCCCUGAGCCAGUGGGCCUGGCACCGAAUGGGUUGGGGCUGCCCGGGGUCAGGAAUCGGGCCCUGCAGUGUGCGCUCCACCCUGCCCUCAUGGGCUCCCACUCAGGAGCACAUAGCUGGGUUGGGUCCAAGAUCACAGGCUGGGGUCCCCUUGGCCACCUCACCAAGGGCACGGAGGCGGGGCCUGAGGUGGGGGUAACCCCUGCACGCGGCCUCUUCUUGCCCUGUCGCCCCCACCUGCCGCUGAUUUGGUACUUCUGUGUCGCUCUGAUUUACAUUAGGUUUUUAAGCAUAAUUAGGAAUGCAGGGGAUCUUUGUGUCUUACCUCGCCUCUGACUAUUUAUGGCAUGGUAUGCAGAUGAGGAGCGCUGUGAAUAUUAAAGAUGGGUGUGCUGGGAAGUGCUGUCUGCCAAGAGCCAGUCGACCCACGGCCCAGCACGUGCUGGACACCACCCCCCUGCCUCCUGCCAUGCUGUGCGGCCGCUAUCCCACAGGCCCCCGUGCUGAGGCCCCAGCAGCUCUGGGCCCAUAGAAGGCAGGCCGCCUGGUCAGCUGCCCACCCGGUCCUAGCCCUUUCACAAGCUGCUGUCCGGUGUCCCGGUGGUGGUGUCUGAUGUCCAGGCUGGAGCAGGGAGACCCCACCUGACCAAGGCGGGUGGAGGGGCCUUGGUGCAGCAGGCGGGGCUGGCGCUGGCUUUUUGAGUUAUUAAGUGGUGCCCGAGGGAGACACUCUUCAAGCUCCUGUUAUUUAAAUUACAAAUACUGGUGAGGAGGGAGAAGCCGCUCUGCUCUAACCUCACUGAGGCCUUUGGGGCCUGCAGAGCCUUUCCAGAGCUUGGUGGGUAGGGCGGGGUGGGGGCUGGUGGACCCACUCAGAGCCAUAGGUGUGACAAGGGGUUCGGCCUGUCAUGGGGGCAGCUCGUGCCAUGCCUGCAGGUGCCACCUGCUGGGAUGGUUCCCUGGGAGCCGGUGUGGGGUGGCCCUCACUGCAAGGAGCACCCUGGGUGCCAAGUGUUGCUGAGUGGGGGACCCUGACAUCCACCCAUGCUGUGUGCUUGUACCCCUCCCCCACCUGUGUUCUCUCUGGGAACCUGGGAGGGGGGAGACUGAUAAGCAGAAUUCUGAGUUCGCAGAUUCUGGCACGAUGCCCUCUCCUUCUGGGGAGAGAAAAAAAAAGAAAAAAGAAAAGAAAACCCGAGCGCAUGAGCAUCCAGGCAAACGUUUGUUGGUGUAGCUAAAACCGGCUUUGUGGCUGCUGCUGUCCAGGCUUGCGUCGAGUGGGGCCGCUGGGCCCAGCAGGAUGGGAACCUCUGCCAGGCCGUCCUCCUGCUCCCAGUGGGGCUGUGGCAGCAGUGUGGAGACCCCCACCCCAUGGGUCAGGCCGCUUCCCUACAUCUAGUGGGGGACUGAGGAGUCUGUGACCAGGGCCCUGCUGGGUGCCCCAGGUGGAGACAUGGGCUGCGCAGGUACUCCCUUUGGGUCUCGUGAUGUGAUGCUGGAGAACCUGGGGUCAGUACAAUGCGCCGGGGGAGGCUGCAGGUGGUACUCAGGCCCACAUUAGCAGUGAAGCCCAGGGUGGCUUCAAAGUUCAGUGCAAACCCUGGGGCCUAACCUUGCACUGCCCAGUUCCUGGGGACCAGGGCACACCCGGCCACAGCUGGGGUCAGCUUGGGCACUGCCAUCCUUGUGCUUUCCCCCUGUCUGGGGUUGCUGCUGUGAUGCGAGCUGGAUGCAGCUUCUGACUCGAUGACGAGCCCGGGUGGUGCCACCUUGAACCUGGAGUGUCCCUUGCACUCCAGGCUGUUUUCCUCCCCAGGGGCAGAGCCCUGGGGCCUGAGGGGCUCCCCCUCCCUGUAAAACUUUUCUGGUACCCAGGCAGCCCCCUGCCUGCCUUCCUGGCUGUGCUGCUGCGCUUGCUGAGGUCCAGACCCUCUUAUUAGGUGGGUGAAAUUAAAUCCUGCAAAGUAAUUUUAUUUAAUUUCAUUGAUCUCGCCUUCCUCUCCCCACUGGCAGCAUUCCGUGGAAGGAGCCCCUUCAGUUUCAUGGUGGCGUGGAGAGCAGGGUACCGGGGUGGCUCUGGGAUCAGCAGGUGGGUGUCUGUGGGCCUCAUGCAGCCAGGCCUGGGCAUCUGUGUCCUUGUUCGAACCCUGCCUAUGGACAGCUCUGUAGGGUAUCCCUGUUGUGGGCACUGCCCUAGCUCUGCAGUGUGGGGGACCCCACUCCUGGCCUGGCCCCCCUCACACACAGGCCCUUCAGACCCCAGCUUUCCCUGGGAAUUAUAUGCAGAGACCCCACCCUCCUGUCACCCAGUUUUUCCUUUGUGUGUGUGCCUAUGGGGUGAGGGAACCCCAAAGCUGGCUGCCAUGGACUCUGGACUUUCAAGGAUUUGGAUUAUUUUCAUGGGUUUCCCAAAGUGGGUUCCAUUCUGAAGGGCACUGGGAGCGGGUGGGUCCUCGGUACAGUGGCUGUCGAGACAACUGGGGUAAACUGAGGUCUCAGACUCCCUCUGAAACUCCCCAAAGCCUGAGUCUCAUUGUGGAGAGGAACCAGUACAGGGCCUUGCUUGGGACUCAAGGAGGAGGGGAAACUGGGUCACAGGAGAGUGCUGGUCACACAUGGAGUGUGGUGAAUGCCACAUGCAGGGAGCAGUGAGGGACCUCAGAGCCGCAGACCCCACCUGGCGGCUGCAGCACCAGGACCAGUCCCAAGGGCCCUGCUUUCCCAGCCUGGGCAGCCCAGCCAAGCCUGCUUGAUUCUUUUCUGUAAAGUUCAGCUUUGUUCUUGCCCCACCAAGGCUUCUAAGAAAGCAACCUGAAACCAGCUCCUGUCCGGUCCUCAGUGGCCGGGCGCGGGCAGCAUCCUUGCCAGCACAGGUGGCCUGGGGACAGCGCUGCAGAAGCGCCAGUUAUCCUAGGUCCCUGGGGAGCCGGGCAGCCUGGUCAUCUCCUGGGGACAAUGGUCCAUUCUCUGGGGAAGCCGGGACCGUGGGGCACAGGUCCCUGAGGUGUGAGCAUAGAUCUGCCUGUCUGGUCACGGUAGGUCCAGCCAGCACUGCCCUGUGGCCAUUGUGUGCCCAGUGGCUGACCCAGGCCCACCCCAACUCUGGCUGUGUCUGCAUCCACUGGGCAUAAGCUGGUCCCUUGCACACAGAGGAGCCCCCCCCCCGCUCUGGUACAAAGGACCUCAUGUCACGGCCUUGGCCUGGGGUCCCUACCACCCCCCUGCAGAGGCCAGAGGCUCCUGGGAGGCCCUGCUGGUGGGUGAAAUGGUCUACAGACUUUGGGGGUCCUUGUACGGUAUCACUGGGCAGCACUGAGCCCCCAACCAUCCCCAGCAAGAGUUAGUUGGCCGCCCUGCCCUGGUGAGCCCUGGCCUUGGCGCUGAGAGGGACCUGGAGUGGAAGGUCUGCUCCAGGGAGGUCUUGGCUGGCUGAGCCCAAAGUCUCCAUCGAGCAGUGGAGUACGGGCGACUCCACGCACACCUGUUCCAGUCCCCGUACGUCAUCCAUGUGUCCCAGCCUUGGAAGGCAGAGAAAGCACCGAGGGCCUCGUGCUCAGCCAUGUCUGGCUUGGAGCAGAGCCUGUGGUGCAAAUGGGGCCCUGAGUGGCUGGAGGGACUAGAGUGAGGGCCGACAUGCUACCCGUCCUGCCAGCCUUGAGCCCACAGUGUCACAUGUCAGACUGGAAUGUGUUCCUUUUGAGGGGUCACAUCUGGUGGUCAGACAGGGAAACUGAGGCAGCCCAGGCCAUGUGACCCAGCACUGCUGGCCAUCCCCUCCCUCCAGAAGGGCACCAGGGGCCCUGGGCGUGGGCCCUGCAGAGUUUCAACACAGAGCCAAUGGCCAAGGCGGCCAGAUGUUCCUGAGGACACAGGGCAUACAGGUGUCCACCUCCUCUUGGGGACCAGGAAUGUGGGCCAGGGCGAUCAUUUCUCCCAGAGCCAGGUGGGCAUGGGGGCAUGAGGCGGGACCGGCCGGCCUGCUGUCCCCACUGUGACUGUGAUGGACAGGGGACACGUGCUCCCCUUCCUGCCCCCCUCCGCCCUCCCUGGUGUGGCUGCUCCCCUUUCUCACCGAGCUGUGCCCCCUCCAUGCAGCCCCCUUGCCCAGCCUCCCGCAGCCCCGGAAGAGUUGAGGCUGCGCAGCCGCCAGCCCUGCAGACUGUUUGGAAUAGUUUAAAUGCUUUGACACCGGGCUGCACUGGGUGGCGGGAGACAGUUUACUGGGUAAUUCAUAUGCAAAACUGCACUAUAAAUUUCCAGGCUGCGGAGUUGCCGAGGCACUGCCAAGCGUCCCCGCGUACAGUACAGUGUUUCUGCCAUCUUUGUUUGCAUUGUAUGAGUCAUCGAAAGUCUGUCUUGCACCAACACCCGGGGCCGCGCAUUCCUCUGGCACCAACGCGCCACUGUUUUUAAAGCCGGGGCUGGGAGCUGGCAUUUACUUCAGCUCCCGAAUCAAAGGCAGCUAUUCAUUCCCGGAGCUGCCCGAGUGUUCGUCCGCAUCCGGCCGCCUCAUUGAGAUGCUGCGCGCUGCCCGGGAGCGCCGGCCUGGGUGCAGCUGAGCUGCGGCCGCGAGCUGGGCACCCAGCUCCCCCCAGCUCCCGCGCCCUCCCCGCCCCAGGGCUCCGGCUCCAUUGCUGCAUUCCGGGAACGGCUGGCGGGCAGGCGGGCGGGCGUGUGGGGAGCCUGCCGGCCAGGCUGAGCGGCUGCAGCGGCUAAAGAUGUGCCCCGCUUGGGCUGCCCCGCGCCGCGUCUAGCCCGCCUGCCUCGCUGCCCGCCAUGUCUCAGAUGCUGCACAUUGAGAUCCCCAACUUCGGGAACACCGUGCUGGGCUGCCUGAACGAGCAGCGGCUGCUGGGCCUCUAUUGCGAUGUGUCCAUCGUGGUCAAGGGCCAGGCCUUCAAGGCGCACCGGGCCGUGCUGGCCGCCAGCAGCCUGUACUUCCGUGACCUGUUCAGCGGCAACAGCAAGAGUGCGUUCGAGUUGCCGGGCACUGUGCCGCCUGCCUGCUUCCAGCAGAUCCUGUCCUUCUGCUACACGGGCAAGCUCACCAUGGCGGCCAGUGAGCAGCUCGUUGUCAUGUACACGGCCGGCUUCCUGCAGAUCCAGCACAUCGUGGAGCGCGGCACUGACCUCAUGUUCAAGGUGAGCUCGCCCCACUGCGACUCCCAGACGGCCGUCAUGGAGGAUGCCAGCUCCGAGCCCCAGAGCCCCUGCAACCAGCUGCAGCCGGCUGCCGCCGCCACCGCGCCCUACGUCGUGUCCCCUUCUGUGCCCAUCCCGCUGCUGACCCGUGUGAAGCAUGAAGCUAUGGAGCUGCCGCCAGCCGCCGGCCCAGGGCUGGCCCCCAAGCGCCCACUGGAGAUGGGACCCCGGGACGGCAUGGCCAUGGCUUCGGGGGCCACGGUGGCUGCCAAUGCAGCCCCGCUCAAGCUGCCCCGUGUCUCCUACUAUGGGGUGCCCAACCUGGCCACCCUCAUCCCCAGCAUCCAGCAGGUGCCCUACUCCCAAGGGGAGCGGACCAGUCCAGGGGCCAGCAGCCUGCCUGCCACCGACAGCCCCACAUCCUACCACAACGAGGAGGAUGAGGAGGACGACGAGGCCUACGACACCAUGGUGGAGGAGCAGUACGGCCAGAUGUACAUCAAGGCCAUGGGCAACUAUGCAGUGCAAGAGAAGCCAGAGCCAGUGCCUCUGGAGAGUCGCUCCUGCGUCCUCAUCCGCCGUGACCUCGUAGCGCUGCCCGCCAGCCUCAUCAGCCAGAUUGGCUACCGCUGCCACCCCAAGCUCUACUCCGAGGGCGACCCUGGGGAGAAACUGGAGCUGGUGGCAGGCUCUGGGGUCUACAUCACCCGCGGCCAGCUCAUGAAUUGCCACCUCUGUGCGGGGGUGAAGCACAAGGUCCUGCUGCGGAGGCUCCUGGCCACCUUCUUUGACAGGAACACGCUGGCUAACAGCUGUGGCACUGGCAUUCGCUCAUCCACCAGCGACCCGAGCCGCAAGCCGCUGGACAGCCGCGUCCUGAACGCUGUGAAACUGUACUGUCAGAACUUCGCCCCCAGCUUCAAGGAGAGCGAGAUGAAUGUGAUCGCUGCGGACAUGUGCACCAAUGCCCGCCGUGUCCGCAAGCGCUGGCUGCCCAAGAUCAAGUCCAUGCUGCCCGAGGGUGUGGAGAUGUACCGUACCGUCAUGGGCGCCCCGGCCACCAGCCUGCCUCUCGACCCCGAGUUCCCACCUGCCGCCGCACAGGUGUUUGAGCAGCGCCUCUUCACGGAGCGGCGGAGUGACGCAGCCACCAUCGUGGCCCUGAGAACUGAUGCGGUGAGCGUGGAUCUGAGCGCCGCUGCCAACCCUGCCUUUGACGCCAGCGAGGAAGCCAACGGAGCUGGGUCGGUCAUCCAGGAGGUGGCCGCCCCCGAGCCGCUGGCCACUGAUGGCCAGAGCCCCUCGCAGCCCUUUGAGCAGGGCAGCGCCAGCUCCAGCAGGCCCCAGACACCGGCCAGCACCCCCGCCAGCAGGAGGCCCGAGGGUGCCUACGCGGGGACUUUGUAAGAGGGCGCCUGGCCCUGAGGACAAGUACUAAGCUGCUUGCAUGCAUUACUAAUACAAACAAAUGUGAUCAAGCCACUUACCUACUGAACUGCUACUGCUGCCUGACAAAAAUGUGAUUUUAUUCUGCCUGUAUUUAAAACGGAUGAAGGAAAAUGCACUAUACUGUAAACAGCUAGGCUGUCACCACUGGCCACCGCGCCGGGAGCACGAGCUGGGGCUCCCUCCUGCCCAGGGUGGUCAGGAGGCCUCCUGCCCUUGCCUGGCCCUGCUCCACCUCACCCAAGCUUCCUGCUCUGCCUGACCCGGAAGAGGAGGGGACAGCAACUGGAGCUGCGGUGACACUCCAUUUCUUAGCGUGGGGCAGCGCAGGGUCUCCAGGGCCAAAUCCUCUUUUCCUUCUUCCUGAGAUGCCAUCUGCGUGGAUGAGCGUGCAUGUGUGUGUGAGUGUGUGCACGCGUGUGUGCGUGUAUGUGGGCAUGGACCAGUGAUGGCACAGGGUGGAGGAAGGACAGCGUGUUCUCCCCACAGCAGCGUCCUUGCUCCGCCCCAGCCCUCUGUGCUGCAGCCCUUCAGCACCCCCGGAGGCCCCACUUGCCCACAGCUCCCCACCCAGGCCACUGAGGGUCCUGCACAGCUGCGGCCCCCCUCUGACGCCCCAGCCACUCUGGGAUUUUGCUUGUUUGGUGUUUUUGUUUGGUUCAGAUCUAUUUCAUAUAUGAUUUGGAAACUAUUAGACCCAACAGAGCAAAAAACUGGGGAGGGGCUGAUGUCCCAUCCCCAGCCUACCACAGGUCAGGGGCAAGUGCAAACCCCUCCUUGGGCCAGGCCUGCUCACCUCCCCCUGGAGGCCAAGGGGCUCCAGGGUAUGCAUCUGGGAUUCACACAGGCUAAGCUCAAGGGCUGGAGUCCCUAUGGGGCAGCACCCUUGGUGAUAUUGGACCCAUUGUGCCACCUUUGUGGUGCCCGGGGCUACAGAGGCCAGGCAGCAGGCUCAGGCCUUGGUUGGGGCAGUGGGGGUACAGGAGGAGGUCCCAUGGGGGCCUCCAGCCAGCUUGAAGCCGGAGUGCUUACUGUGAAUCAGAAGCUUAGUUUGCACGCAGCGAGGGGCAGGGGAUGGAGUGUGCUCCUGGGCACCUGCCCCAGUGUCCCUUCUUGAGCCCUUGCCUGAGGACUCUCUGCCUGCAGAGCCCAGCAGAGCUCCUGGUAUGGCCAGGGACGACCCCCUUCCAAGAACUGAUGGAUCUGCUGUUUCCUGUUCCUCCUUCCACCCUGAGCUUGCUCCUGGUGCCCCCUCCUAUGUGUACAGUUGGGGGCUGGGUUUCAGUCUGCAGCAAGGGCCGGGGUGUGGUUUAGGCCCCCCACUUAGCUCCCCAUUGCUGUGGGCACUGCCCUCCCCAGUGGAGAGACCUGGGGAGGCUGGGACUGCUCCCCAGAAAGCUCUGGUGGCUUUGGAGGGAGUAGGGGCUAUGGGCAGUGACUAGGGAUGUACUAGAAAGAGACCUGGCCUCCCUGCUGCCCUUGGGGCCCAAGCCUAGGGAGACGCGAGGAGCCUGCAUUCCUGGGGUGGUGGGUGAUGCAGAAACUCACAGUUCCUGCCCAGGCCUGGAGCCCCAGCCCAGGGCUGCCCCUUCCCAUCUGGAACACAGCUGGGUUGGAGUCCCCAGGGCCUCUGGGGACCUGGACUGCACCUUGCCCAUGCUGGAGGGACCUGGGGUGGCAGAGGAGAUGGCGGUUGAGGGCCAGCUGCACCCCGGCCCUCUGGAGUUUUCCUUCAUCUGCCCCCAGCUCCCACCUGAAUGUGCACUUUAAUUUGACCAUCCCUGGGGACUUUUGGGAGAGGGGGCCAUCUGUUCCUGCUGUUGACAGGAGGGCUCUGUCCCCGCCUCCACUCCGCAGUGGACAUGGCCACACCCUGGGCCAGCACAGGGAGGGUGCCCGCUGCUCGGGCUAGCACAAUGUCCCGGCAACCCCGUCCCUCAGCCGAUUAUAAUCGCCGUCUGUUUUGUUGUUCUGGGUAAGGAAGGCAGGAACUAUAAGUGAAACUAAGUAAUAGUACUUCAAUGUGAAUGGGUUCUGGGCUCUCCCUGCGCCCUGGGCGGGCCAGGCCAAGCGUUUUGCACUAAUGUGUCCCGUGUGGACAUGGUGGGAGCGUUCACAGACGUGCAUGGCCAAUGAUUGUACCUGCCGGGUGCCCCCUCCACAGCCUGAAUGUACCGCGGGGCGGCAGGCAGGCAGGUGGGCAGCGAGCAGCAGGCCUGGGCUCGGGGGCCUUCCAGAGUGCCUUAGCAUCUUUUGAUCAUUUUUCCCAAGGGAAACCAAUUAAGAACCCCAGACCUUCCCCCCUCCUUUGUUUACAAGAUGACUAAUUCCAGAAUCGGGCGUCCUGUCCCACCAGUGUGACCCAACUCACCCAGACCCUGUAGGCAAGAGGCGAGCCACUCAGUAUUCAGAGAUGCCUGCACCCCUGUUCCUAAGCUUGACUACUAGCAAUACGCAUAAACAUAUAGAGUCUAUUAUAGAGCUAAGUUAUAUUGGCGCCUUUCCGGGAGGACAGUUGGACUGACUGAGUUGGAGCUGCUGAGGCGGGUGCCGGCCUGGGGUCCAGCCACGGUCCCGCCUUCCCUUCCCCUCCCUCCCAGAGGGGUGGCCCAGGAGGCAGCUGGGACAAGUGCAAAAGGUCCAGAGGAAGGGACCAGAGACGGGACAGAUACUGUGAGCUCCGUGGGGCCGUCUGCCUGCCUGGCUGGCGCGCCUCGGUACUUGAAUUCUGUUGUUUCCUGCUCCGGGUCUGCGGACCCAUGUUCUUCGUGAUUGCUUCAGUUUGCAUCUGACUUGGUGUCUCACGUUGCCCCUGAAUGUGGAUGCAGCUGUUCGAGGCAGCGGCAGGGCUUCACUCAGGUGUGCCACACUGGGUGGCUGCUGGGUGGGGGGCCGGGGAGACAGGCUGGGUGGUCCUGCCCUUCCUCCCUGCCAGCUCUCCACAGUGUUUGUGUGUAGAGUCAGCGGACCGGCAGACCUGAAAGCAGUUGGCUGUUGCGGUCGGGCAUCCCCUGGAGGGGACUUUGGUGUGGCUGAGGUUACUCACUUAGCAGCUGGCACUGCAAGCCCCGCCCUGCCGUGUCCUGUCGGGUCCCUUCCCACGCAGGUCUCUGUGGGAGUGGGCAGGGCCGCUAGCUCUCAGAAGACGCCUGUCUGCCGUCCUCUGCCGUUGGGAGCGCGCGGCCGCCUCACUUUACCGCUUCAGUGGCACCGCAGCGGCUCAGCCGUGGGGCCGGCUCUGAGGUGCGGGCGUGCACCUCCAGAUGGUUUUCAAAUGGCAAAGGUGUUUUGCUUUUAUUUGUUUCGUUUUGUUUUGUUCUGUUGAGUAAAGAAAAGAAAUGGGAGCUGAUGUAGGAUCUAAAGCCUUCAAUUGGACAGCCUGCCUGUGUUCUGAUCAGUUGCCUCCUCCGUUAGUAUUUUGCACACGAUUGUGAUUUUUAUGUCAGAAGAAGCCAAAACUUGCAAUACUAUUUUUAGCAGACAAAAAAAGUAUCCAGAACUAAGUAUAAAAUGUAUAAAUAUUUUUGACUUGAACAUUCAGAUGGCUCUGGGUGCAAAUAGAACAUUCAUCCUCCCGACAGGAUGUUUGGAGCGGAGACUUAAAAAGGAGAUGGUUGUUUUACAGGAUCUGUUAGGGGUUAGAGCAGUACUGUAACUCACGACUGUUAAAAAAUAAGUUAAUAAAGGAGAUGUUCCUGUGCUGUAAGGAGGGCUUCACAGAACCACUGACUUAGGUUCAGCCACUAAGGAUGCUGGCUUUUCAUUUUCCUUUGAGGAGGAGGAAGCCUUUGUUUUGUCCUUCCUGUGUCCUUCCUCCUCCCUUUCUGUGCUGUUAUCGUAGUGACCAGACUGUUAACUUUGUAGCCAUGGCUGACAACAUUGUAUCAGUAACUAAAUGAGCACCGCAUGUGCGUGCAAUCAGGGGAAGGUGGAAGGCCAUGACUGCCGGGCAAAGAUGUCACCGUUAAUUGUAAAGCGCUUUGUAAAAUUCACAUUUACAAAAUAAUAAAGUCAGUUCAAACCCA